CAGGUUCUUGAUGACUACAACUCGCUUUUUGUUCUGUCAUUUUGUUACCCCUUGUCUACAGGAUCUGCACCAUGGCAAGGAUGUCACUCCAACUUAGGUUUACCUAGCUGUAUUGGCAUAUUCUAUAUCUCUCUCAUUCGGCAUGGCGGGACUGCCAUGGAUUCUAAUGUUCGAGAUAUUCCCAGUAAAUGUAAAAGGGAGAGCAGGAAGCAUUGUGACGUUUACCCACUGGUCCUGCUCCUGGAUCAUGACCUACACUUUCAACUUCAUGUUCGAAUGGAGCGCGCCCGGAACAUUUUUCAAAUUCGCGGGCAUUUGUGGUUUAGCAAUCCUGUUUACUGCAAAGUUAGUGCCCAAGACCAAAGGGAAGCCCUGGAAGAAGUGCAAGCAUCGCUUGUUCAUAUUUCUGCAGUGAGUUAAAGUAAUGUGAUCUUCUAUUUAGUCAAAAGACAUUGCAAUUGCGCCUAUUGGGAUAUCGAAGGACACUUGUAGGAUCGACAUUUCGUUCCUCAUUGCAA